UCCUCCCACCCACACCUUGAACCUUAAGGGUGCUGGGGACAAGAUUGGAGCUGGGAGGAGCUCAAGUCCUUGGGGAGGAGAGAGGUUGUCCCUGGGGAUCCAGACAACCAGCUUCAGACUAAGCACACAGGAAUGUGGGCGAGGGCUGGGUUCUGAUGUGGGUCUGGGCAUAGCUGAACCAGUUCUGCCAGGAAGCCCUUGGAUAGAGGCACAGGACCAGAUCUGGGAGGCCUGAAGGAACUUGGUCUGUGGUUGCUGGGCUAAUGCAUCAUGGCCAGGCUCUGUCUGAGUCUGCUGUUCUUGGUGGCCUCUGCAGUCCUUGUGUCCAGAAGUGUUCACUCCUGGGGCUCAUCGAAGGUGGUGAGGGAAUUCAAGGAUAUCCCUAAAAACUAUGUCUAUGUGCAGCAGGCACUGUGGUUUGCCAUGAAAGAAUACAACAGCAAGAGCAGAGACAAGUACACUUUCAAGGUCGUGGACAUUUUGAGAUCCCAGGAGCAGGUCACAGAUAGUUUGGACUACUAUCUCGAAGUCAAAAUUGCCCGAACAAUGUGCAAGAAAUCUUCAGGAGAAAAUGAAAACUGCUUAUUACAAACUGAUCCUAAAAUGCAAAAGAUGUUGCUUUGCACCUUUAUUGUUGCAUCCAAGCCCUGGAAUUUUGAACUCACCAUGCUGAAGAAUAAAUGCAAAGAUACAUAAUUAUCUCCUAGCACAUUAUUCUGCUCUCACUUCUAUUUUAAAGAGGCAAAGACACCUAAAAGCCCUUAAAAUAACAUGGAUGACCCACAGA